AUCGUAUCAUUUCGACGAGCGGUUGUGCUCUGCGUCACAAUAAGGAAAACCGCGAAUGACAGCAUGACCCAGAGUUUUCUCGUCAAUUAUCCGCGCGACAUAGCAAAACGUGACGAAUAAAUUUAUCUGAAUAUGAACUGAUUUAAAUCAAUAAAAGGAAAGAAAGAUGGUCGGCGACACGGCGCAGAUCGACAAGGAACUCGUUGAAUGGAUCGAUGGCAUCCCAUUUUCGAGACCCGCGAGAAACUUGACGAGGGAUUUUUCGGAUGCCGUUCUCACGGCGGAGGUAUUGAAGUUGUACUAUCCCCGACACGUGGAGCUUCACAAUUAUGUUCCGGCGAAUAGCAUAAACACAAAGAGGGAGAACUGGAAGAUGCUGAAUCGAAAGGUGCUCGUGAAACUUGACAUGAAAUUGAGCAACGACACGAUCCAUCAACUGGCGAACGGGUCGCAAGGCGCGAUCGAGAAGCUCUUAACGAAGCUGAGAAUGAAAGUUCUGAAGGACGGCGUAGAAAUGCACAAGCCAAAACUCAAAGACGUAGAAAGCAGCGUAGAAGAAGAGAAGAUUGGAGAUCGCUCGUCGGACAACGAUCUCAAACUAUCAUUAGAAAGUUCAAGCAAGCUCGAUACCGAUACCGAAACUCGUGAAGUUAAGCCGUCGAAGUUUACGUGUCUCAAACGAGGGAUCCUCGUUGUCUUCAGUUGGAUCCCCUGUCUCUUCCAUAUUUGGAACAUCCUCAACUAUUACACACUUCCUCGUUUCCGCAGACGCGACGCGCUCGCGGAUGUUACGACGGAGCGGACUAAAGAUGCAAACGUCGUAAGUGUGCAGCGUACGAUUUAUGCGGAAUUGAAGCAGGAGUUGCGCGAGAAAGAGGAGGUGAUAAGCACUUUGAAUCACAAGAUCGCGUAUUUAGAGAGUUCGAUGAAGCUCAAGGAUUUGCGUAUCUCCAGUCUGACGACACAGAUCCUACAAAAUUCCGAGAUGGAUCAUUCAGCGAAAUCGCAAUCGAUCGACAGCAUGCAAACUAAAUUACGCUCGCGAUCGCAUAAUUUUCACGGAAGCAAAACGAAUUAGAAAUCCGUAGCAGUACGAAGUUGCAAACUUAAUUGUAAAAUCAGAAAUAAAAAAUUAAUGAGAUUUA